AACAGUUCCUUUAAUGGGCACGUUUUAGGAAAUAAACCAUAGGAGAUAACAAAAGGGUCAAGGUUAGUUCACUAUUGAGAAUCAGAGGUAGACUGUGAGUUCCUCCACAGAACGGAGAGAUAUGAACCGCCUGAUGAUGCCUUCAGGAUGGUCCGUAUGCGCCCAGGAGGCGAGGGCACGCGCCCACAUCAUCUGGAAGAGGCGAUAAGAAGCUGAGCGAGAGAGAGUUUCACCGUGGAUCAAACGAAACCAUUUUGCGCGCAGGUGAGAAACCUGGAAAGAUGGACAGAUGGGGGAUAGAAACAGAGAAAGAAUAAAAGAAACAGGAGAAAAACAAAAGGAAAGCAAAGGACAUGGAGAGAGCGCAUCACUGGUGGAUCAUUUGGACAGUGUGUGACACAGAAACACGCACACAGUCACAUCUACACAAAACCACAGCAGCAAGAGAGAGAGAGAGGGGGAGAGAGAGCAUCAUAGUUGGAUGCUAUAAGGCGCGUAAAUCUCCUGGACCAGGACUCAGACGCUCACAGUUGAAGUUGCUUUCCGCACGUGAGAGUCUGAAUGACCGUGAAACCGGCAGACUGAGAGACAGAUCUGAAACUGAAUGACGCUGGAAUCACAGCGUUUUGGUGAAUGAAACCUCAGAGUGGAAACAUCACUCCAGCUGCGCGAGAGGACUCGUUUCACAAAAUGAAGCGGCUGACCUGGAAAGCUUCCGAUCUGCAGUUCUGUUUGUCUUUUUCCAGUUUAAAUGGGAACUGAAUGACACGCUGGGAACCGUGUGGCACCUGCUUGCACUGAAAAGAUUUUUGUUGCGUUUUCUGUCCCUGAAUGUUGUCCACUUAGGAUUCCUUGAUCGUAAAUGCCCAGAUUAAUCAUCCGUGAACCUGCACAGGUUGACAGCGGGACUAAUCAAAGAUAAAACUACCCUAGUUCCACAGAAAUGUUCUACGAUGCCAUGUUUGGAGACUGGGGCGCAUAAAGGACGCGUCUCUCCGGUGCCAUUGCACGCAGCGAUGCGCACAGCUACCCGGUGCGCCUAGUCUGACUGCCGCAUGGACGCGGGAAGUCGGGGUGCUGAGGGGGCUGUAGUACCGCCUAAAACCAGGCAUUAUAAAAACCAUCUAUUGAUUUAAAAAAAAAAAAAGUUUCAACUUAUUUAAUGGGUUCCCCUUUCUUACUGGGAUGUAGGCCAUAUGUGUAGUAUACAAGUAUCUGUGAUGAGAAGAGAGAUGUGUUUCCAUCCGUUAACUGUCUAAUGUAUUAUUAAUCCAUUAUUGGACGCAGCAGCUCGGAGCUUUUCUAUCGCGCGCGAACACAUUGAGGUGUUUUAGAGGAAGUUUUUCAACUGUCCCGCUCUGAAACUGUCGUAAAUUGUUGUUAAUAACUAUUCCAUAUAAAUUAUCCCAGCCAUUCAAAUGAAAGCGAAAACCACGAAUGUCCCCCAGCAUUUAGUAUGACGUCAUUAUCUGGACUGGGUUUCUCUCUGCACCCCAACUCGGACUGACUUCCAGCGUCAGUGGACAGCCGUGCGUUAUGUUGAAUGGACCGACCUUCCGCGACCACGACCCGAUGCGACUCGUCGACCCGAGGCACCUUACGCAGAUGAUGUCCCUGGAGGACCGUGAGCCCACCAUUGUGGAAGGGACCCUGGGGCCCCACAACUCCACGCCGGCAGGGGAGGAGGGGGCUCCGGGUCAGCAGCACAAGACCUUCCCCUGGGUGGUGACCCUGCUGGCCGGCGUCCUGAUCACAACCAUCGUGGUGGAUGUUAUCGGGAACCUGCUGGUCAUCGUGUCCGUGUUCAGGAACAGGAAACUCAGGAAAGCAGGAAACGCCUUCGUGGUGAGCCUGGCUCUCGCUGACUUGGUAGUCGCCAUCUAUCCCUACCCGCUGGUGCUGACCGCCAUUUUCCACGACGGCUGGAUCGCUGGCUACAUCCACUGUCAGAUCAGCGGCUUCCUCAUGGGCCUCAGCGUCAUUGGCUCCAUCUUCAACAUCACGGCCAUCGCCAUCAACCGCUACUGCUACAUCUGCCACAGCCUUAAGUACGACAAACUGUUCUCCAACAGCAACACCAUGUGCUACGUCGUGCUCGUCUGGGGGCUCACCAUCCUCGCCAUCGUGCCCAACUGGUUCGUGGAGUCGCUGCAGUACGACCCGCGGGUGUACUCCUGCACCUUCGCCCAGUCGGUCAGCUCGCUGUACACCAUCACGGUGGUGGUGGUGCACUUCAUCCUGCCAAUCGGCAUCGUCACCUACUGUUACCUGCGUAUCUGGAUCCUCGUCAUCCAGGUGAGGCGGAGGGUCAAGCCGGACUCACGGCCAAAGAUCAAGCCGCAUGACCUCCGCAACUUCCUCACCAUGUUCGUGGUGUUCGUGCUCUUUGCCGUCUGCUGGGCGCCGCUGAACCUGAUCGGCCUGGCGGUGGCGCUGGACUCCAGGCUGAGCCGGUCGAUACCGGAGUGGCUGUUCACGGCCAGCUACUUCAUGGCGUACUUUAACAGCUGCCUCAACGCAGUCGUCUACGGCGUCAUGAACCACAACUUCAGGAAGGAGUACAAGAAGAUCGUCCUGAUCAUUUUCAAGUUUCACUGCUGAGACGAUAUGCUGAGGGGAGGGUGGAGGCAAAGGGUGGGGGUCGAUUUUUUACUAUUGUGACAAUAAAAGGCUAUUAAAAAGCAACGAAAGAAAGAAAAAGAAGAACUCGACCUUGACAAAGAGGGGAAAACAGUACUAAUGAAAGGAAAAGAAAACAAAUAAAGGUGCUGUAGACAGAAGAAAGAAAAACACCCUGAAUGAGGAAGAAAAAUAGAACAACUUUAAUAGCUGGAGGUGUGGAGGAAGAGAGGCGGAGGGUUGAGACGAAGUGAAAUAAAUUAUGUCACACAGAGUUAUCAGUGAUGCCUUCAGGGAAAUUGAGAGACUUAAAAAAGAGAGAGGCAGAGACCAGAGUUUGGGAGUAACUCUUAACUUAGUAAUGUGUUUUAUUAUGACUUUCUUUGGUAAUGAAGUCAUGAAUUACUGUUUGAAUUAAAAAAAUAUUUGUGUUUUUACCAACUUCAUACUUCAAUUUGAAGUUGGAUUAUUCAAACAUUGUGAUCAUCUCCUUCCCCCCCCGAUUCAUUUUGAUGCAUAAAAUCAUCUUUUCUAUCUAUCAAUCAACUAUUUUCAAGGCAGAAAUCCUCCAAUACUGUGAUUUUUUUAAAGGACAGUGGACGUCCAAGCUGUUUCUGUUUCCUGAUUGUUCACAGAAUGGAAAUCUGACUAAUGCUGCUCAGAAUGAAGAGAGUGGUUUUUCAAAAAAGUAAUUUAUUAAAUAGAAAAACAAAUGUGCUUUUUGGGAAUAUUAAGUGGUGUUAUAUACUUUUAAAUUAAUAAUUAAUUAAUGAUCAAAGGUGCACAAACAUCAAGAUUUAACAUGAACUGUGACAGAGGCUGACAGUCUUCUUGGCUAUAGUCUUGUUUGUUAACAGUAAUUAUUUUUAUGUUUUAAAUGUGACAUUAAUGAUUUUUUGGAGUAACAAGCCAAAUUCUCACUGGGACAAAAAAAAAAAGACGAAAGGAUGGAUGGAGGGGCAAGAGUUGGAGACCCGAGUCACAAAUGUGAUUACUUUAGGCUCACCAAAAUCAAAACGUGCAAUCUGACUUUGACUUUGAACAAUGACUUGUGACUUGACUUGGACUUUAGCCCUUUUGACUUGAAAUGACUUGAUAGCAUUCCCAAGCCCAAAGAUACAAAUGAUCCUAUUAAAUGUUGGCAUGAAUUCAUGCUGAGCAGCUGCUCAGGACACUUUUAACAACCAAAAAGUUAUCCUAAAGAGAGGCUGAAAAGCAGUGGUUUGCUGUUUUCUCUGGUUGAAAUGUUUAAGCCUGAUGAUUCGGCUCUGACCACGCACCACCCCUGACCAGCAGUAAUGUUGGGUGUGGUUGGGUGUGGUCCUGGAGUCCACCUGUACUUCACUGCAGCAAGGUAUGGCAGCAAGGCUGAUAUCUAUUAAUACAUCCACGGUCUAAUGUAGAGGCUCUGGCAAAAAAACACAAAGGGUUGUGUGACAAAAAGUUGAACAUUCAGCAAUGCUCUGAGUUGCCAAAUCAAAGUGCGCCCUCCACGUAAAUUACCUUGUAACAUGAAUGGCGCAGCGUCUACCUCGUAAUCAUCAAGACUAAAGUCUAAAAUCCUGUCUCAUAGGAUUCUAAACUGCUGUGCAGGUUUUUGGUGUCCUCAAAAGUAUUACUUAAACUGGACUUCCUGGAUAGUAAUUAAUCACCUCACCCGUACCUGUUGCUAUUGCACUAUGCAGCUACAAGUGUUUUUUUGUAAUACAGUAGUAUUUUCAUUCUGAAAGUGGCAGAAAUGUUGUCAUGCAAAAUCAACAAACAACCGUCAGUUUCUAACAUGGCACACAUUACUAUAACAGUUACGAUCUUUCUCUCUCUCUGACCUCUAAUUUCAGAGAGAGAAAGAGUGAGUUGUUACUCAAAUUUUCAAGAUUUUCUCAUUUUUACUGUUACUCUGCUGGUUUUACAUGUGGUGAGGGGGCCGUAAUGACUUGUUAAGGACUUGAAAUGCAAAGUUUAGGACUUGAAAUGCAAAGAUUAGGACUUGGACUUAACUUUUAGUGUCAACAUUUGGGACUGAGACUUGUGACUUGCAAUAUAAAGACCUUUUUCCACCUGUGGUGAAAGCUGAUGGUGUUAUUUGUGCUACGGAGGCGUAAAGUUUUUAUCCUCUGGGACUGUCUCACCUCUUCACAUCAUCGGUUCCUUCUACCUGGGACAGGAACAGCACAGGUGGGAUAGACUCUCCACAUCCUGCGUUAAUCCGCUCAGACGAGAUGACGAAGUUUUCUCACACGUGAACCGGACGUGUCUGUGUGUAAGACACUUAAAUGAACAAAACCAGAGUGAAAAAAAAAAAGAAAUAACACGGUGUCUCUGCCAUUCAGAAGCAAUACUGUGUGCACUUUCAUUUCUAACUCAUCCUCACACAUCAAAACUGGGCUCAAUUCCUACAUCACACACCCUCCCAGCAGUGAGUACAUUUGCUUUGCACUUCACCUUUGAACAUUAAACAUGAGAAUGACCAAAAAAAGAGACAUGAAAAUGACUAAUUAAGUUAUGGUUGUUCUGAACAGUAUUCUGACCACAUCACUGUGUUUCACACUCCUGAAAAGAUGAAUUUUGCAUAUGUAUGAAUAAGCAGGGUGUUGCUGCUGUAAUGAUCUGCCUGUGCUUCAGCCCCAUUUUAAUAAACUCACUGUGUGUGUGUGUGUGUGUGUGUGUGUGUGUGUGUGUGUGUGUGUGUGUGUGUGUGUGGAUCAGGCUGUUCUGGGACCAGUUCUUCACUUCAGCUGUGUGAUGGAGUGUGUAUGUGUAUGUCUUUGUUUCAUUUUUGUGCCAAAAUGUUGCCGGUUCCGAACCCAGGGAAGGUCUUUAAGGGGAAAUUUAAAGUGAAAUGCUUUUUUCUUCUUCAGUACUCAGUAGGCAUUAACUGGAUAAUUUGCAGGUCAAACAACAUCUAGACAUCCAAACAGAAUUUGAGAAAUAUACAGAAUUUAGAGGAGAGAUUUAGAGGUGCUGAUUGGUGAAUUUUGUGACCUUUGGACAGAGUAAGGCUAGCUGUUUCCACUGUCUUUAUGCUAAGCUAAGCUAACCAGCUUCUGGUUGUAGCCUCAUAACCAUAUUUCCCCAAAUGUGAAACUAUUCCUUUAACUGAUGAACUAAAUGACUAAUUAACAUGGAAAUUCAAUUAAAUCAACACGUUUGUCAUUUCUUUAGCUAAAAGCAAUAGUUUGACAUUUCGGGAAAUAAGUUCAUUUGCUUUCUUGGUAAGAGUUACACGAGAAGAUCGAUACUACUAUCAUGUCUGUCCGUUAAGUAUGAAGCUGGAGCCGGGAAGUGAUUAACGUAGCUUAGCAUAAAGACUGCAAGCUGUGGGAAACAGCCAGCCUGGCUCUUUCCAAAGUUAAAAAAAAUAUACCAUAUACAAACACCUCCACAGCUCACAGAUUAACACAAUGUAUCUGGUUUGUUUAACCUGUACACAAACACAUAUUUAAAAAAGGACAAUUUGUGGUUUUAGGAGGUUUAGGCGCUGGAACUAUUUCUUGGUGAACAGAUGGGUGCAGUGACUUCUGGGAGUCUUGUCGUCACAGUGAGGUUACCAGGCAACCACUGGUUACAGCAUGUAACCCCCUCCUAAAACCACAAAUAGUUGUUUUUACAUUACUGUCAAGUCAAGUCAAUUUUAUUUAUUUAGCUCAAAAUCAUAAAUCACAGUCUGCCUCAAGGGGCUUUACAAUCUGCGCAGCAAACGACUCCCUCUGUCCUUAGACCCUGUUUGUGUACAUGUUUAUUUACAUGAGAUACAACAUGUUAAUUAGUGAGCUUUAGACGUGCUGUUAGGCAUAUUUUUGAACUUUGAACAGAGCCAGGCUAGCUGUUUCCCCCUGUUUCCAGUCUUUAUGCUAAGCUAAGCUAAGCUAAUGGACAUGGCUCUAGCUCCGUGCUGAUCGCACAGACUUUCCAAGAGUUCGAUCUUUUCAUUAAACUCUAAAAUAGAGAGCGAAUGCAUGUAUUUCCCAAAAUGACGAACUUUUUGUUUAAGUAUUCAUUUAGUGCAUUAUUUUUAUAUUUACUUUUUAGUCAUUUUUUUGGUAGUAGUUUAGCAUAUUUAGUAAAUUUGUUUUGUAUGUGAUGAUUUUUUUUCAUCAGCAGUUUGCUCAGUUGUCAUUGAGAUGGUUCAGUUAUCACAUGACCCAACAUAAGAUAAGAUAUUGAAAUAUAAUCACUGGAAUUAUGUUGAAACAAGCAUUAUAUGUAACCUAGAUGUGUCCAAACUUUCCCGUUUUGACCAAGAACCAGACAUCUUUUCACCUGCAAAUUACCAAAACCAUGUCUACUGUGUAAUGACAAUUCUCAGAAGAAAAUAGUUAUAUGUGUGGAAAAAUAUGUGGAGGUGAAGCACAGUUUCCCUUAAAAAAAAAAGUCCUGAACAUUUUGCCUUCCUUUCAACGUUAAAAAGGUAGAUGUUAAAUGGAAGAAUGAGUUAAAAGAGUAAAACCCCACCUUCCCAGUGCAGAUGGAUGUGAAUUUACAUCCAUAAGAGCUGGAGUUAGUAAAUCAACCCCAGGUGUGGGCUAGUUAGAACAACCUGGUGAGGACAGUGGCAAAUAUAAUUGGCCCACUGAGGGUUUAAAAAAAUACAGUACCAGCUUUUUACCUGUAGUGGUGUAAAUUGAAAGUUUCCUUUUUUCCCCCUCUUCUUUUAAGCGCUAAAAAUCAAUGCAAUGAACUGAGCUUGUUGUUGUUUGUGUGGUUGGAACAGUUUAAAAAAAGAAAAUGUAAAAAACAGUGUCUGUGUCCCUGGCUGACGGCCAGCCAGUUGCAUUGGAAGCCAACAGUAAAUGAGAAUGUACCUGUUUUCCUUUCAUACGCUGUUUUGCACAUCGCCGUGGAGAAUGUUUCCUCUGAAUUUCUGUAAUGUUGAUGAGACAAAAAAAACAACCAAGACCUGGAAAACAUGUCUUAAUUAAAGAACGUUCACUGUGA